UAAAAGAAGGUUACAGUGACGAAGAAGAGUAACUAAACAAAGAAAUGGAGAUAUGGCUACUCAUCUUGGUCUCUCUCUCCGUAUCUCUGCUUCUCCAUCUCCUCCUACGUAAAUGCUCCUCCCAUCCACAGCUACCUCCUGACCCCAACUUCCUCCCCUUCCUCGGAACCAUCAGGUGGCUCCCACAAGGCUUAAGUGGUCUCAACACCUAUCUCCGCUCCGUCCACCACCGUCUCGGACCAAUCAUCACCCUCCGUAUCAGUUCCCGUCCCGCUAUCUUCAUCUCCGACGCUUCCCUAGCUCACCAAGCACUCGUCUUAAACGGCGCCGUUUUCGCCGACCGUCCACCCGCGGCUCCAACCAGCAAAAUAACUUCCAGCAACCAACACGUCAUCACUUCCGGGAUUUACGGAGCCACGUGGCGGACUCUCCGCCGAAACCUCACGUCCGAGAUUCUUAACCCGACGCGGGUGAGAUCAUACUCCCACGCCCGUCGCUGGGUUCUCGAGAUUCUCUCAGAUCGAAUCCGUAAGCACGGAAGCGAGGAACCGAUCGUUGUCGUUGAUCAUUUCCACUACGCCAUGUUCGCGCUUCUUGCUCUCAUGUGUUUCGGAGAUAAGCUCGAUGAGGAACAGAUCAAAGAGGUUGGAUAUGUCCAGAGACGGAUGCUUCUCGGCUUCUCUAGAUUCAACAUCUUGAAUCUCUUCCCUAAGCUGACGAAACUAAUCUUCAAAAGCAAAUGGGAAGAGUUUCUCAAGAUCCGGAGAGAGCAAGAAGAUGUUUUGCUCCCACUGAUUCGUGCUCGGAGGAAGAGAGAAGAAGAAGAAGAAAACAAAGACUACGUGCAAUCGUAUGUGGACACUCUGCUGGAUCUAGAGCUUCCAGAUGAGAAGAGGAAGCUAAACGAGAACGAGAUCGUCAGCUUAUGCUCGGAGUUCCUCAACGGUGGGACCGACACAACGGCGACGACGUUGCAAUGGAUCAUGGCCAAUUUGGUGAAAAAUCCUGAAAUCCAAGAGAGGCUAUACCAGGAGAUCAAAGGCGUUGCUGGAGAAGAAGGAAAGGAGAUCGAGGAAGAGGCGGCACACAAGAUGCCGUAUCUGAAGGCGGUGGUGUUGGAGGGGCUCCGGAGGCAUCCUCCGGGGCACAUGGUGCUCCCACACAGUGUCACGGAGGACACUGUGUUGGGAGGGUACAAGAUACCCAAGAAAGGGACGGUUAAUUUUAUGGUGGCGGAGAUAGGGAGAGAUCCAGCGGUUUGGGAUGAGCCAAUGGAGUUUAGGCCGGAGAGAUUCAUGGGGAAAGAAUCGGUGGAUAUAACCGGAAGUCGAGGGAUCAAGAUGAUGCCGUUUGGAGCGGGAAGGAGGAUCUGUCCAGGAAUCGGGCUAGCGAUGCUGCACUUGGAGUACUAUGUGGCGAAUAUGGUGAGGGAGUUUGAGUGGAGAGAAGUCGAAGGUUGUGAAGUUGACUUGGCGGAGAAAGUAGAGUUCACUGUCGUUAUGAAGCAUCCACUUAAGGCUCUUGCUGUGCCCAGGUGAAGUUCAUAAACUGGAGUUUCCGAGCUGUUGAUUUCGGAGGUGAUCUUGAAGCUUUAAAUUAAACUAGCUUCCCUAGUUUUUAUUUUUCCCUAGAAAAAGUGUUUGAAUCUGUGUGAUCUUUUGAACUUGAGCUCCCCCAAUCAAAGCUGCAA